AGUGGAGAGCGGCUGAGCGGAGUCCCGAGGAUCUCCGCCAAGUAGCCCAGGGUGGCCUGGAACUUUUGAUCCGCCUGCCUCAAGUCUCCGGAGUAGAUAUCACGGUGGUACAUUAUGGCUGACAUGCAAAAUCUGGUAGAAAGAUUGGAGAGGGCAGUAGGCCGCCUGGAGGCAGUAUCCCAUACCACUGACAUGCAUCUAGGAUAUGGAGACAGUCCUUCAAAAGGAGCAGUUCCAUAUGUGCAAGCAUUUGACUCACUGCUUGCCAGUCCUGUGGCAGAGUACUUGAAGAUCAGUAAAGAGAUUGGAGGACAGAAACAUGCAGAGAUGGUCCACACUGGUUUGAAGUUGGAGCGAGCUCUCCUGGUUACAGCUUCUCAGUGUCAGCAGCCAGCUGGUAAUAAGCUUUCUGACCUGUUGGCACCCAUCUCAGAGCAGAUCCAAGAAGGGAUAACUUUUCGGGAGAAGAACAGAGGCAGCAAGUUGUUCAAUCACCUGUCUGCUGUCAGUGAAAGCAUCCAAGCCUUGGGUUGGGUGGCUAUGGCUCCCAAACCUGGUCCUUAUGUGAAAGAAAUGACUGAUGCUGCCAUGUUUUAUACAAACCGAGUCCUUAAGGAAUAUAAAGAUGUGGAUAAGAAACAUGUGGACUGGGUCAAAGCAUACUUGAGUAUAUGGACAGAGCUACAGGCUUAUAUCAAGGAGUUCCAUACCACUGGACUGGACUGGAGCAAAACGGGGCCUGUGGCAAAAGAACUGAGUGGAUUGCCAUCUGGACCCUCUGUUGGAUCUGGUCCUCCUCCUCCCCCACCAGGCCCACCUCCACCCCCAGUCCCUACCAGUUCAGGCUCUGAUGACUCUGCUUCCCGCUCAGCCCUGUUUGCACAGAUUAAUCAGGGGGAGAGGAUCACACAUGCCCUGAAACACGUAUCUGAUGAUAUGAAGACUCACAAGAACCCAGUCCCUGAGCAGUGAAUGGGCAGAAGUUGGUCACCACAGUGACAGAAAUUGCUGGAUAAGCAAAGUGCCAGUGGGUUCUUUGCCCUCUCCCUUCACACCAUGGGAUAAAUCUGUUAUCAAGACGGUUCUUUUCUAGAUUUCCUCUACCUUUCUGCUCUUAAACUGCUUCUCUGCUCUGAGAAGCCCAGCUACCUGCCUUCACUGAAUAUACCUCAGGCUAAGAUUUGGGGUGGGAUAGCAGGUCAGUUGAUCCUCUGCAGGAAGGUGCAGCUUCUCCAUAUCGGUGUAGCCACACCACCAGUCCAUUCUUAAGGAACUGCAGACCUGGACUGGUGCAAUUUAGCUUUCAGCUUUUGGAGGUUAUUCUUCCAACACAUAGUCCUUUGGGAGGAAUAAAACAGUCCCAGGAGUUAACAGAUCAGAAUGUGCACACUAGUUAAUUUUUUUUUUUUCCUAACAAUGAGCAUGGAGGUAGCAGAAGCUGGUAUGAUUCCUGAUAGUUUUCCUAACCAAACUAAUUUUUCACUGUUGACAAGUGAGGCAAGGGUUGCAUUGGACCAACAGCUGAGGCUUGGCCAUCUAGCAUUCCAAGCAAACUUUUGUUUCCUUUAAGCAUUCCUUUAUUCUGCAUUCCAUCCUGGGUCUGCCUCAAUCAUGAGACAGUAGGUUCUCCAGUCCUGGCUGCAGUAGCAGUGCUAUGGGUCUUGUACCCUUUCUUUCUCUGGGAUCCCUGCUCAGCACCUUCCUACAGAGAUAACUUUAAAAGAAAAACAUCACGCCAUUCCAAGGAAUGGGGCCCUCCUCCUCCUCCCCUGCUAGGUGCCUGUCAUCCACCUUUGCUGCCUCCUUUUGCGUGUCAUGCUCAACAGCUUAGGGCUCCUGUCCAGAUCCCUGAGCAGAGGACUAAAACCUCCACUGCAGGUUGGUUUUAGGUCUCAAUUUAUGUAAGAAUCUUGCACAGCAUUGCUAAUAUCAGUUUUCCCCUCUAGGACACACUUACCAAAAUAUGCAACUUUUUUUUUUUUUUUGGUGGGAGGAGAGAUUGUCCUGUGACUUCUACCCAUUUCCUAAGGCCUGUGGAAAUAAACCUUUAUGUACUUAAAGUUA